AUGCCCGUACAACUUCUCCCGGCCUCGGCCGCUGCUUUCGCCCCCAGGGCUUCAUCCGUCAAUGUCGUUCUUGGAUCCAAGGUUGAGCCUUGGUUAACACAGACACUCAAGCGUGUCAAUCGGGUGAAGCGACCUCUGAACAGCGUGCCCCAGCACCAGCGCUGCCUGACCGAGAUCCUCUCAUCGCCAAACGCCAUCUGGAACCUCGCCUCCAUCAUGCUCCCCACAAUGCCCGAGGCCGAGAUGCCCUCGGAUCCCAGCCAGCUUAUGAGCAACCACUUCCAGAUGGUUCACAUUGAGGCUUACGUCGUACACGUUGACAUGGUCCUGCGCAACGAGGUCGCAUACAAGCUGAACACCGACACCAUUGAUACCCUGGUUCAGUACCACGAGAAGAUCCACUGUGCGGAUGCCAAGGCCAACACCCACGACUGGUCUGAGAAGGAGCAGCAGUGCAAGAAGCUCCACGAGGACUUUAUCCAGGCCGUCAACAAGUUUGUCUUCCGCACACACGUCUCCGCUCUGGAAGGUCUCGAGGAGGAAGGUUUCGGCGAGCUGCUCAACAACAAGAGCCAGGAGGUCAAGAACAACCUCCUUGCCUUGAUGAAGCCUCUCGUGCCCCCUCCUCCUCGUGUUGUCGAGGUUAUCCGCCAGCCCACCCUCCUCCCCAGCACGCCUGCCCACAACAUGUGGUCUCAAGGGCCACCUGUGGUCACCAUGGCUGCUGUCGACCCUUGGCGAAUCCUCCCAUCCAGCCCCAGCGUUACCUCUGUCGAGUCCACAACUCCUCUCUGGACCAACAUGGGACUGGGCGAAGUCCAGAUGCCAUCUCCCACGCCCUCCUACACUCCUCCCCACACCACGGCGGGUUUUUUUUUCAGUUCCCCCGAGGUUACCGCCCCUAUCCCUACCAUGCUCCCUAGCAUGUUGGCACCAAUGCAAUGCGGUGUCGGCAUCGGUAUGGGCGGCUUUGGCUGGGAUAGGUACCAGGAGUAUGCGACCAUUAUGUGA